CUGCGGCCGGGGGUCUCCGGCACCUGCGGGCUGGUUGCGGCGGCCGGGAGCGCACUGCCUGCCUGCUGCAGUCUGUCCUGCGCUCCUGUCUCAGGUCUGAGCCGGGGCCCGGCCCCGUCGUGCUGAGGCAGUGCUGCCCUUGCCGCGGCGGAGUCGGAGAGGGCGUCGAUGCUGCUCCUCGCCGGCGCCCUGCGAGCAGCCGCGGUCCCCGUGUUCCCUCGGACGCUCGCCGUGUUUUCUUUCGCUGUGGCGCUGUCCGUCCAGCCUGCCCGCUUUGUUCUGCAGCGCCCGCAGACCCUCAGUAGCUCUUCUGCACCCCGUUGGUCCUGCCUUGGCCCUGGGAACAUGCCCAGCAGCUCCAGUGUGAAGUUCCAGCACAGCAAAGCCCUCACUUCGCCGUACCCCGGAUCGCAGGUGGAGCGUAGCCCAGUUCCUGAGGACAAAGUGGGGUGGAUGGUUGAGUGGAAGGAUUACAAACCCGUGGAGUACACUGCCAGGUCUGUCUUGGCUGGAGCCAAGUGGGCAGAUCCUCAGAUCAAUGAUGAAGGCUUUACUCCUCAGUUCAAUCAGAGGGAUGGAGAAGUGGAGAGGAAGAGCCUGCAUGGCUUGUACGUGGUGGAGAACGGCAGGCCCCGAAAUCCAGCAGGAAGGACUGGCCUGACAGGCAGAGGAUUGCUGGGACGCUGGGGGCCCAACCAUGCUGCUGAUCCUGUGGUGACCAGGUGGAAAAGAGAUGGAAGUGGCAAUAAAGUUGCUCAUGCAGUGACUGGCAGAAACAUCUUGCAGUUCAUAGCCAUCAAGAGGAAGGACUGUGGGGAGUGGGCCAUCCCGGGGGGCAUGGUGGACCCAGGGGAAAAGAUCAGCGCUACCCUGAAGCGAGAGUUUGGGGAGGAGGCCUUGAACUGCUUGCAGAAAUCACCCGAGGAGAGAGCAGAACUGGAGAAGAGGCUGAACAAGCUCUUCAGCCAGGAACACUUCGUGGUGUACCGAGGGUACGUGGAUGACCCUCGCAACACUGACAACGCCUGGAUGGAGACUGAGGCUGUCAACUACCACGAUGAGACUGGUGAGACCAUGGAUAACCUGCCCCUGGAAGCAGGUGACGAUGCUGGCAUGGUGAAGUGGGUUGACAUCAGUGAGGAGCUCAGGCUGUAUGCAAGCCACAGCUACUUCAUCAAGCUUGUGAGCGAGAAACGAGGAGCACACUGGAGCCAGCAUCCUGCUCCUGACUGCCACCAGUGAUGCAAGCAAGGCAGCAGAGGGCACCCCAGAGAGAUGACUUGUUGGUGGGCAUUCAGCUGGCAAAACCAGCUGGCAGUGAUCAAUGAAGAGGGCAGAGACUCCAGGCUGCUGCUUUUGGUUUCUCAGCAGGUGGAUGUGAGGCUGUUCCCUUGCUUUGCUUUCUCCUCCCUUGCUAUUUGCAGCUCUUUCAUGGCUUGGGCAGCACAGGUCCCUGCCUGCCUGCUUGUAGGGCAGAAGCUGCUCACUUCAGCUCUGCUUUGGCACUGAUUUCUUGGGGUGGGGGUGUGUGACUCCUUCAGGGAUGUGGCACUUGGAUGAGAAGCUGACUUGAAGUGCUGUGUAAUAAAGUGAAGUUUCUGUUCUCAUCA